AUGGACAAUGAAUCGACACCGAAUGCUUACUUGGCUGUUAACCACGAUGGCACCUCCGAGUUAACGUUUACGUACCAGAGUGCCUGCGAGCUUUUCACGGACAUCACUCGAUAUAGCAGCCAUAUGAGAUCGGCUUCAGACUUGGAUGGAGAAUAUACACCAGAUUAUGCUGCUCAGUACCUGAACGCUGACUUUGAGCCUUAUUCCUCGUCCCCGAGUCUUCCUCAGUCCACAAUUGACUCCACUUCCAACGACGCAUGGUCUCAACGUCUUGCUCCCGUUGUCUACCAUACCCAGAACUGCGGAGAUUAUGGAAACAUAUCCUGCGUUAACCCGAUGGAUGUUACCGGCACCUCUGCCUGGAACGCAGUUGACAAUGACCAGCCCCAGUCAUCACUGACAACCUCUUUCCACCCUGUCAACUAUCCAGAAACUCAAGCUGCCCCUGUUCAAUGCUCAGAGCCGAUAUGCAAUGGCACAUCUGUACCCUCGUCAACCCAAACGACAUCCUACCCAUGCUAUAGCCCGGCCCCCGAGACCGCAGGACAGGCCCCCAACAGUGCCAGCACCACAAGUGUCGACGGUAACCGCUACACCUGCAACGACUGCCGCGUUUCUCCCAAAACCAAGCGCGAUUAUGAGCGCCACCUGAAGACAAACAAGCACAAGAUGAAAGGCAACCUGAGCAAUGGUAGCAACGGCAGUGGCAUACCUGGCGCGGCAGUGGCAUCCACAGGGUUCCAUUGCUCAGUCGAGGGCUGCAAAUACCAUUCUUCGACUGGCCGGGCGAUUACUCGUGAAGAUAACCUGCGGAGACAUGUCAAGAUUGUGCACGGGAUGGACUUGGGUCGGAAGAGUGAGGAAGCCUUCUUCCCGCAUCCCGUCUCGCUCGGUACCGGUACGUACCAGACAGAGACCGUACGAAAACCACAGGAAGGAAAGCCAUGGUCCAUCCACGGACCAUUGAUGCAUACCUUGAAAGCCGGGCCCAAUGGACGUCGCAAAGCUGUUGCCAUGACGAAGCCUCUUGCUCGUCAAUUGGCCCUUGGUCCGACUCUUUCGAAUCUACUGCGAAGAAAGAGAGUCUCACCAGGAGAAGACGUGGCCGUAACUGAGCGUGGCCGAAACGGUACCAAUGAAGUUCAAUGUCGAUCCGUACCGGAUUUGGAUAAGAGCUUGACAUGCCCAAUGAAGAGAAGACAUCAGAACGCCUCUGUCUUCGAGAGAAUAUUUGAAGCACUUGGUUUUGAGAGGGUCCUGUGUGAUUGUGACGGUGAUGAAGCAGAGGCAACCACAAAAGUGUCCGCCGAAAGAGAAAGAGGUUGCCGUGUGGUGGGAGGUUGA